CUCGCCCGUUGUAGUUUUCUGCCUCGUGCUACCUAAGACAAUUGGUAAGCGGAUGUGUUUAUUGAUGGAAUACACAAUACCGCAAUAAUCAUCAUGUCGGAAAACGAAACAGGGGAUAUCAGAACGAUACCCGAAAAUGAUUUCAAAAGCGAAACGUAUAUCAUACGUAAACCGGUUCUGGUCACUUUCAUAGCUCAGGACAAACCACGUGGUGCCACCAAAUACUCGAAACAAAAGAGCAUGGUUGAAGACGAGGAUUCGCAACUUAAAAAACUUGAGGUAGAUAUUGACGUUAAGCUUUUAGACGAUUUCUUCAGAAAACAGUUUACCAAAACGCCCGUGGUUGAAUUGCAUGUAAAUAACACUUACGACGAAAUCCAUAAAUAUAUGAAAGCAAUAGAGGCGGACAAGUAUGACGGUUUCUUCUUUGUUUUCCUAACGUACCUCUACAAGGAACGAAACAAAAAAGGCGAACUUCCGUGCCUUAAAGUAGAAUGUUACGACUCCGCCGUACCGACAGAGGAUUUUAUGGGUAUGGUAAAGAAACGAAAAGACAUGGCCUUGAAGCCGAAAGUAUUCAUCUUCCAAGCAGACGAUCUUGAUCUCAUGACACCAAAUAUAAUUAAGAAAGCGACUGGAUUUGGUGAAAUUCAAAAGCAAAUGAAGAUACCAACAGAUGCUGACCAGCUCAUGAUAAUUUCGACACUUCCACAACUGCUGACAACACUACGACCGGUAACGAAUGUCGUCAUACCAACAGCGUCCGAAGGGGGAGGGAUGGUGGGUCAGCCAAGCGACGAGAGUGAAAAAGUCACAGUCAGGAAAGAGAAUUCCUUGCUGAUCAAAGCUUUCGUGGACGUUCUCGAAGCAAAUAGAGAUGUUGAUGUCUUUAGCUGUACACCGCUGAUAAAUGGGAAGGUAGAGCAGCUAAAAAAUGCACUAGGCCUUGCAGGCGAGUAUGGGCAAGAUUUCGUUGAAAAUAAACUUGUGUUGCCUGUUGUGUACUCCACGCUUACAAAAGAUCUACAUUUGUACCAAUAGCGAGAAAAUCAAUAUGGACUGUAACCGUCACAAUUCCGAAUUAUAUCAUUACUCAAAUUCACUUAAUGCGUUGUUUUUGAAAACAUGGACAUUGUCGAAUGCGUAAACAUAAAGCUUAUAUGAUAAUCAGAGUGGAUAUACGAUGUGCUUCAGGCUAUGUUUGAUUCUGUUAUAAAUAUAUUUGCUGUUUGGGUUAUAAACACUACACAAACGAAGAAUGCGUGUUUUAUGACACUUUAAACUGUAUUUGAAUAUUUUAACAACGCAUAUCUUGCACAGAGGUUUAAAAGAAUCCUUCCAUAAAACAUAAGUGUAUUUGAGGUAAUUGUAGUAGUUUAAUUUUACCAAUAUCUUAAUUGAUAACGGUUUUUACACACACAUGUAUUAACAAAUUCCAGCAAAGAAGUAAAACAUAGUAAGGUGGUUAUUAUUAUGUUAGUCAAAAGUUGUUGGAAACACGUAAUUCCAUUAAAUAACGCUAAGUAAAUUUCUUUUAUUGAUUUUAGUUUAUUGUAAUGCACAUGUCCGAAACAUUGUCUGAAAUUAUUUCCCAUUCGAAAACUAUUUUACACAAUAACUUCAUUUUCCAAGAUGAUUUAUUGUGAAAAUUGCUCGUUGUUCUUAUAACUGUAUGUUUAAAUCUGAAGUGUUCACACGGAACUAUUUGAAACGCUGACUGCGGAAGAAUUUCAUGAUUCAUCAUGUAUAAAUACAUAAGAAAAUAUGUCAAAUUGAAUAAGAAGGCCAAUGCCUCCGAUAUAUACCUGAUGCAUACAGGAUAUUACAAAAGUACGAUUUAAUGAACGUCUCGCGUGCAUUCGUCCAGGAUGGGUAUUUCCCUACAAAGCGACCAUGGAAGAAAAUAGUUGAGCGAAAAGUCGAAACGAACAUAAAGAGCGAAAUACAGAGACGCAUCAAAGGCACUGAUCAAUGGAAAGUAACUGCGAAUGUAAUAGCCUCCAAUUAUUACUCCCAUUUAUGGAGAGUAGUGCUCAAAGGGCAAUCCAACAAUACUUACCGUGUGUAAAACAAUAUUGAAUAUCAUAGGUAUGUUUGUGUCUAGACAGUUUGUUCGAGAAUGCAGACAGUGUUGCUUGAAAACCGGUAAUUUCGUAGUUCAUAAGAUGUGUUAUUGUCAUUUGCUAGAGGAUAAGCAAAAAUAUUUAUGGACCAUUCUAAUUGAAUGCAUAGGAAUAACGGAAUUUUCGCGCUUCAUCCACUUAAAUAGCUUAGAACAAAGUGCAUUGUUGCUGAAAAUGCUAUCUGAAACUGUUGACUUAUAUAUUGUACAUUUUACAUUGUGCAAAGCUGCUGGUAGCAUCCUAAACUAGUGUUCGACGCUCUGAGCCAGGCUUUUGUUUAACACAUGUGAUGUUGGCAUGUCGAUCGAAUCUAUGUUAGUGUAUCUUAACACUAUAUAGCAGUCUUCCGAGGAAGGCAACAUUUAUGACUUAUAUUUAGUAUAUUCGCCUACUAUGUCUUUAUUUUCAUAAAUAAGUUCGGCAAAUAAGUUACACUGAAACAAUGGACGUCUCCUAGGCUCAUUUCAAUCUGAUUAUUUUCCUUAAGUUAGUAAUUAACAAUUAUUUAUAUAUGUACACUGAGUUAUGUAACUUAUGUUUGUAAAUAAUAUAAUGGCUGUAUUGAUUUGCCUUAUUUUGAUCUCUCGUAUGUGUAUAUACUCGAUUGUACUCCAUUGCUUAUAAUCUGUAUUAUAUGUUAUGCUCUUCAUGAAUGGAGGAAAAUAAAAGUCUAUCCAUCUAUUGUUAUGAAGCAUGUAACAAAAACUAAUUGUUUCAAUGUGUACAUUUUAGCGUCUAUAAGUAAAUAAGAAAAGUUUAUAUAAUUGUAUAUCUAUAAAUACUUCAGUCCU